GCCCAGCCCGCCACAGUCACGUGGUGAGGCGCGAGGUCCAGCCCGUAGCUGAUGCUGCCGCGCGGUAUUCAUCAUGGAGCUGGCGCCGCGGAGUUGUGCUGUCCCGCUGCUGCUGCUGCUCCUGGGCCCGAGCACGGGAGCUGUCAUCAGCUGGCCCACAAAAGAGGGCAAGGAAGUAUGGGAUUAUGUGACUGUCCGGAAGGACGCCCACAUGUUCUGGUGGCUCUAUUAUGCCACCAGCCCCAGCAAGAACUUCUCAGAACUGCCCCUGGUCAUGUGGCUUCAGGGUGGUCCAGGUGGUUCCAGCACUGGAUUUGGGAACUUUGAGGAAAUCGGGCCCCUUGACAGAGAUCUCAAACCACGAAGAACUACUUGGCUCCAGUCGGCCAGUCUCCUGUUUGUGGAUAACCCCGUGGGCACCGGGUUCAGUUAUGUGAACAAGAGUGAUGCGUACACCAAAGACCUGGCCAUGGUGGCAUCAGACAUGAUGGUUCUCCUGAAGACUUUCUUUGAAUGCCACAAAGAAUUCCAGACGAUUCCAUUCUACAUUUUCUCAGAGUCCUAUGGAGGAAAAAUGGCUGCUGGCAUUGCUCUAGAACUUUAUAAGGCCACUCAGCAAGGGACCAUCCAGUGCAACUUUGCCGGGGUUGCUUUGGGUGACUCCUGGAUCUCUCCCAUCGAUUCAGUGCUCUCCUGGGGACCUUACUUGUACAGCAUGUCUCUUCUCGACGACCAAGGUCUGGCAGAGGUAUCUCGGGUUGCAGAGCAAGUCCUGGAUGCCGUAAAUAAGAGACUCUACAAAGAGGCCACAGAGCUGUGGGGGAAAGCAGAAAUGGUCAUUGAACAGAACACAGACGGGGUGAACUUCUAUAACAUCUUAACUAAGACGUCUCCCAUGUCUACCAUGAAACCGAGUCUAGAAUUCACCCAGAGCCACAUAGUUCAUCUUUUCCAGCGCCACGUGAGACACUUACAGCAGGAUGCCUUAAGUCAGCUCAUGAAUGGUCCCAUCAGAAAGAAGCUCAAAAUUAUUCCUGAAGAUUGCUCCUGGGGAGGCCAGGCUGCCAGCGUCUUCCUGAACAUGGAGGGGGACUUCAUGAAGCCAGUCAUCAGCAUUGUGGACGAGCUGCUGGAAGCCGGGGUCAGCGUGACCGUGUAUAAUGGUCAGCUUGACCUCAUCGUGGACACCAUGGGUCAGGAGGCCUGGGUGCGAAAACUGAAGUGGGCAGAGCUGCCCAAGUUCAGUCAGCUGAAGUGGAAGCCCCUGCACAGUGACCCUGAGACGUCAGAAACGUCUGCCUUUGUCAAGUCCCACAAGAACCUGGCUUUCUACUGGAUUCUCAGAGCUGGACACAUGGUUCCUUCCGACCAAGGGGACGUGGCUCUGCAGAUGAUGAGGCUGGUGACGCAGCAAGAAUAGGAUGGCCUGGGCUGGAGGUGAGCUGCUUGGCCUUGGGGCAUGGAAGCCGAAGCAAGCACCCUGAAGGUGUAGGAACCACUCUUCUCCCUUCGAAUCUGACUCGGGGGGAGAACCUCACUUGGGCUGUGAUUGUGAAGGGUCCCAUCAGCUUCGACAGAGAACAAAAUCAUUGCCUCUGUGACAACUUGGAAAUCAUUUCUGCUUCUGAAAACUAAGUUUUAAAAAAAUGGAUUUGUUUUCAUCAAAAUAAAGGGUUGAAAUAGAUUAACAUUUUCUUGCUACAAAAGCAAAUUAUGCGAUUUAUAGAAAAAACAGGAAAUACAGGCAAAGAACAAAAUGAACACUCAUAUGCUCCCUUCCAAGGGAUAAGCGCUGUUACCACUUAAGUGUUUAUCCUUGCAAAUCUUUUUUUGCUAUAUAUACAUAUAUAUUUUUUACAAAAAACACAAUCAUUGCUAUGUUAUUUCACAGUCUACUUUGUUCACACAUCAGUAUGAUGUCUGCUGAGCAUUCCAUUUUAUGGAUGUACCAUAAUUUACCUACCAAAUGCCCAGUUGUUUCCCAUAAGCAGUGUCUAGUUUGUCGCUUUUAUAAACGGUGCUCUGGUGAUUUAUCCUGUUAGUUACAUUUUUACACACAUCCUUAUCAUUUUCUUACAAUAAUUUCCUAAAAGCAUACUUGUUCAGUCAAAAAUUGUAACAUUUCUUUAAAAUUAAAAUGAUGAGUUCGGGACUUUUGAGUUUUAAUUCAUGGCUCAAGAUCUG